GUGGAAGAGAACGGUUCAAAACAAGCGGUGGUCCGUAUCGUCUUGAUCGUGAUUACUGUAUGGUGGACAUUUUUUUCGGCCAAAAGCUGCCCGUAGGUGUUCUUGAGAGUUGCGGGACGAGCCCCGAUCGAACCAGGACGUCCAGAGGAUUCCAACGCGCCACCGUCCGGGGUGGAUUCGUUGCGUUCGAGGCUAGAUUCACUCGUACAAUAACGCUAAUCGGAGAUAAAUCUUUAACACCGCACCGCGGAACCUAGUAGUGCACCCUAACCCCCCUCCUCCGCCGACCAUAUGCCCGCUCCCGGUGGCACCAGCGGUGGUAACGGUGACGAAGCGGCGGCUGCUGUUGGGGAAUGAUACUACGUUCGCUCUUUGUGCCUUGUACAACUAAGAAGCGGUUAGCAGCUGAUCGUUGCUGAAAUGACGAUCAUCCUGUUUCUAGUGGACACAUCAGCGUCCAUGUGCCAGAAAGCGCACGUCAACGGUGUCCAGAAGAGCUACCUGGACAUAGCGAAGGGAGCGGUCGAGACGUUCCUCAAGUAUAGACAACGGUCGCAGGACUGCAUGGGCGACCGGUACAUGCUGCUAACGUUCGAGGACCCGCCCAACAAUGUGAAGGCGGGUUGGAAGGAGAACCACGCCACCUUUAUGAACGAGCUGAAAAACCUGCAGAGCUAUGGGCUCACCUCGAUGGGUGAGGCGCUGAAGAAUGCGUUCGAUCUGUUGAAUCUGAAUCGGAUGCAGAGUGGUAUCGAUACGUACGGACAGGGUCGGUGUCCGUUCUAUCUGGAACCGUCGGUGAUCAUUGUGCUGACCGAUGGGGGGAAGUAUUCGUUUCGGAAUGGAGUGCAUCAGGAGAUUAUAUUGCCGCUGCAUGCACAGAUUCCGGGGACCAAGCUGACGAAGGAACCGUUUCGAUGGGAUCAGCGACUGUUUUCGCUGGUACUGCGAAUGAGUGGGAACCGGGCCGAUGAACGGGUCGAUGGUAAGGUGCCGCAUGACGAAUCGAUGAUCGAGAAGAUGUGUGAGGUAACGGGUGGCCGAUCGUACAAGAUCCGGUCCCAGUAUGUGCUGAAUCAGUGCAUCGAAAGUCUGGUCCAGAAGGUGCAACCGGGUGUGGUGAUUCACUUUGACCAGCUACUUACGGCGAACAAUGGUGAGAACGGGGGAGCCGAUCUGCAGUUCCAGUCCAUCAAGCGUAUGAUUUACGUGCAGAAGCAUCCACAGCAAAAAACUUUCCCGGUUGGCUUUUGGCCGAUUCCGGAACCGUACUGGCCGGAUCCGAAGUCCAGCAGUCUGCCACCGAGGGAUGCCCAUCCAAAAAUUAAGAUUAUUACUCCGUGCUGUGAUGAACCGGUGAUGCUGAGAAACUUCCCCAUCGACAAGUAUGAGCUGGAACCGAGCCCGCUGACGCUGCAAAUUCUGUCCAAGAAGGAAACCAACAAGGUGUGGCCGCUGAUCGUGUCCAGCGGAAUGCAUGGAAUUGAGAUGCCUUUCGGCUUUUUGAAGCCGAGUAGUACGAUGACCGUUGUUAGUUUGUACGUUCUACCGUACAACUAUCAAACUUUUUUACCCCUGAUCAACGAUUUGUUCCACAAAUAUAAUCUAAAUCCGCCAAACGAUUGGAUUUACAAGUUUAGCACGUACGUUAAAUCGAUCCCGCAGUACUACUGUCCGUUUUUGAGACGAGCACUGGCUACGACCCCUAACGUGCCCUACCAGCUAGUGCAGUACAUUCUGCCGGAGAAUCUGGAUAGCUAUUUAAGUCCUGCGGUAGCGAACUAUCUUAAGCAGAUGAAGAACACUGCUAAGCAGGACCAAGAAAACCUGUGCCUGCGGGUGUUCAAGCAGUUAAAGCAACCGAAACCUGCCUACCAUCAGCUGGAAACGGUAAAGCUCAAUCCGGGUUUACCGUUGAAGCGGGACCUCGUAUCGCAUCCGAUGCUGAAGGAUGCGUUCAAUAAGGUGCACGCUGAUAUUGCUAGCUUCGACAACUACACGAUUGUGGUACCGACUGUGAUGAGACCGGCUGCGACGAAAAACUACCGCAAUCCGUUCGAUAUCCCCAGGAGGGAUCUUAUCGAUGAGAUUGCCCGAAUGCGGGAGAACUUCUUCCGGCUACCGACUAGUGGAAUAACGGUGUUCACCAAGGAUAGUGGCCACUGUCUCCCGAUUGCUGAUAUGGGUAAUUACCAGGAGUAUCUGAAGAAUAAAGAAACGCCGCUGAGGGAACUGGAACCGACGAACGUGAGGCAACACAUGUUCGGUAAUCCUUACAAGAAGGAUAAAAACAUGGUGAUGGUUGAUGAGGCGGAUUUGAACGAGGUAGCACCGAUGAAGGGUGGUCGAGGGGAGUUAGGGGCAGGGGCACUGAAAAACAGGACGGAUCCAAAUGCAAGACUGAGCCGGAAACGCAAAGCGGGGCCAAUUAGGAAAGAUUAUAUUUUCAAGCGCAAAUGCACCGGGCUGAGUUUAAGUUCAUCGUCGAGUGUCACGUCGGAUACGAGUUCGGUCACCGAUUUUAGCUCGGACGACGACAGUAUGUCGUCGAUUGGCAGCAUCGUAUCGGAAUCGGAGCUAGAUGAUGAUAGUGAUGAUAGGUUGGUGGUGGACUUUGAGUUCCCCAACGAUAAGGACGAGGAAAGCCCAAUCAAUGCCCAUGUGCGUGAGUUUAUUGAAGGCCCAGAUGAAGGCGGAAGUAUAGGCGUUGGACCACCUUCGGAACCUAUGGAUAUCCCGAUGCAAGAUUACGCACAACCUACGCCGAUCAGUAUGCCUUACCACCAUCAUCACUACCACCCUCAUCCGCUUCAUUAUCCUCCUCAUCACCCGACAACGGUACCGGCCACCAUCCCUGUAAUUAGUUCAAUUAUCAAUCCAGUGGUCAGUGCGAUCGGCUCCAGUAACAAUAGCUGUACUGCCAGCACCAAUAUCAGUUUAACGACCAGCAGCGCCACCACCACCACCACCAGCACGAACGAUAUGAAUGACGUACUGGAAAUAUCCAAUAUUUUAAAAACCUGCCACAACGGUGGCAAUAGCUACGCUACGCCGGAGGAACCUCCUCCUGAGCCUGAACAAAUAAAACCCUUAAAAGUCAAUAAAUCUUCGAAAAUGGAACUCUCCACUCCGAAAGUGGAAAGCGUCAGUACGAGCGAACGUAUUCUUCUGAACGGUGGCGACCACAUCCCCUUACCCGUAUCAAUACCCGUAUCUACACCCUUACCCACACCCCUACCCACACCCACACCUGCACCAGCACCCACACCCCCACCCACACCCUCUAAAGUAGCUCCCCAGGCUAGCCCCAAACUUCCCCGGCCUCUGAGCAAAGCGGAGAAGGAGCGAAUCUGUGAAGAAAACUACGAAACCCGCACGAUCAUCUUCAAAGACAUCCGGCGUCCGGGGAGGAACUACUCGCAGCUACUGGAGCAUCUGCACCUGAUAAAGGGCGACCUUGAGAUCAAGACCACCUUCAUCGAGAUGUGCGUGAAGGAGGCGUUACGAUUUCGGCGGAAAAAGAUGGCCGACAGCAUUCAGGAGUGGUGGGACGAACAGCUGGCAGCCCAUGAAAAGCAACUGAAGCAGCAGCAGCAAUCGCAGCAUCAGCUGCGAGCGAAUUGCGUCAAUAACAGUGUUCAUCCCGCUACUUCAUCACACUCGAAUUACCAAUCGGCGAAGGUCGGCGGUUCGCGGCAACUACAACAGCAACAUCAGCAACCUGGCCCCAGCAGCAGUGGUAGUAGUCAAAGUGGUAGCAGUAAAAGCAGUAGUAUCGCCCACUUUACCCACCAGUCGCACCCGCCCAACAAACAUCAGCCACAGCAGAAGCACCAUAAACAUUCGAAUCAUCAGACUAGUAGUAGUAGUAGUAGCAGCAGCAGUAGUAGUAGUAAUAGUAGUAGCAGCAGCAGCAGUAGUAGGAUAUGAGGAUGUUAUUCCUUCUCCUUCUGCGCCGGUCGUCGUCGUCGUUAAGCGAAAUUGUAAAUUCUUUAAAGUUAUUUGCUUUAUAUUUUAUUUACCUCUCCUUCUUACCCCCUUCAAUUGUUUAAAGUGUAGUUAAACGAAAGGACUGAGAACAAAAUGUAUAAAGGAAGAAGACGAAGAAGAAGACCCCCCCCUCUGCCCAUGAAAGGUAGCCUAAAAUGUAGUAGAGUGUUGUGUUUGGAGCGAGCGAAAGUGUGUGGCUAGGCGCUAGGCGAAUUUUGUUCGAUCGUUUCGUUUCGGUUUUAGAGCGAAGUAAACACGUGCGCGCGAGUAAGGCGAAAUAAAAUCAAAUUGAAACAACAAAAACACUUAGUGGUAAGGAUAAGAGGAAUCGUGUAAAUAGAUAAAUGUUAAAUAAAUUGCUAUAUUGUAAGUAUGAA